AUGUAUGGUCUUCUAUUACAAUCAGCUAUUGAAAUUAUACGAGCAAAAUAUGGACAAGAAGUAUGGGAACAAAUUAAAAGUACGCUUCAUCUGGAUCUUAAUUCAGUUUCGGCAUUUCAUCAAUAUGGUGAAACAUUAUUUGUACGAAUCGCAAAGCUUUUGGGUGAACUUCGAAAUGAACCAAUUAGUGAUCUUAUGGAUACAUUUGGUAUUGAAUUUGUUUCCUAUAUUUCAAAUUAUGGUUAUGAUCGUGUAUUAAGAAUUCUUGGACAUAAUAUGCGAGAUUUUCUUAAUGGUUUGGAUAAUUUACAUGAAUAUAUGCGUUAUACAUAUCCACGAAUGAGACCACCAUCAUUUUAUGUUGAAAAAGAAAAUGCUCAUGGUUUAACACUUCAUUAUCGUAGUCGACGACGCGGUUUUGUUCAUUAUGUUAUUGGACAAAUAACUGAGGUUGGUCGUCGAUUUUAUGAUACAAAUGUUCAAAUUGAUAUCGUUAGUGAACGAGAAGAAUUUGAUAUAACACAUGUUGUAUUUGAACUUAAAUUUGAAAAUACAGCGUAUGUUAAACAAUCAACAACAGAUAAAGAUUCCAAUGAACUUGAUUUAGCAAUAGAUUGUCAUAUUUUUUUUGAAUUAUUUCCAUUUCAUAUGGUUAUAUCAGAAGCAUUAGAAAUUAUAUCAGCUGGAGAUUCUUUAACACAAUUAUUUCCAAAUAUUGUUGGUGAACUUAUUCGUGACAUAUUUAAUCUUGUUCGACCUAUUAUAACAUUAAAUUGGUCACAAAUUGUAUUACAUUCAAAUAAUGUUUUUGAAUUUUCAACUAUUGAACCAUUACGUAAACAACCAAAUGAAAAUGAUUUAGAAAUAAAUGAUGCAAGACAACAACAUGAUUCUGGCAAAAUUAGAAAUUCUUGUUAUUUCUUUUUUUUUUAA